AUGUCGAGGGGCGUCCCCUGCCGCCAGGCUGUGGGCUCGGGUCGCUCGCCCUUCACCCUCCAGGCCCGCCACACCAGGCCCCCUGGCGCGCGGGACCUGGGUCCCUCAGGCAGGUCUCCCCGGGGCACUCUGGGGACACCGGAGGCCUGCCUGCCCCAAACCCCGCCCCACGGCUGCCGCCUGUCCACCGGACACAACGCAACCCGCACAGACCGCCUGCCGCCGGGCGCCCGGAGCCUGCCACCAGUUGGGCGCUCGGGCCCCACGCAAGGCACACGCCACAGCCCCGCCGCCAGCACCGGAAGGCCCGCCGGGCCCCAUGGCACCCUCUCCUUUGCGUGGCACACCCAUGCACACCCAGGCCUCCCUAACUCCAGCACCAGCAUCUCCACGGGAGACGCACCAGACCCUGGGCCCAGCGGGACCCUCGCACCGAAACUCACGCCCUCACGCCCCUUCCGCCGCCACCUGCCCCCUUUCCUCCACAGCAGACUCCCUCCUUGCCACCAGCUCCCGCCCGGCACCAGCUCGGCUGGGCUCCAGUCCGCAGGCCGGCCCCGGGAGCUGGCCGCGGGCUCACACUUCUAUGCCCCGCCGGCACCCAUGACCGGCCAGGGCACAGGCACCCAGCUCCCAUUCACGUGCCCGGGACCCCUCCGUCCUGCCUUCCACGCGCCGCCCAAAUCUCUGAGGAUAUCCCACAUCAUAGCCCAGGCCGCCCUGAAGGCACUGCCGCCCCGGGCACCCAACACUCCCCCUCACGGUGCUCUGCGCACACUGGCCCAGGACCUCUGGCCCUCCUGCACUUCUCUCGACCCCAGUCCGCGGCCGACUCGGACUCUGCGAGGGAAAGGCACUGGCAGCCCCGCCGACCCCGUGAAGGCCCAGGCCAAGGCGUCCGACCCCGCCCAAACGGCCAUCUCGGCAAGGCCCCCCGGCCUGCCUCCUCUCUCCCCACCAGAACCUGGGUCGGCAGUCCCGCCGAGGCCAAGGCCCCCGCUGCUCACCCGCAACCUACAGACACCCUCUGCGCCCGACACCGCGGGCAGGACCCCGCGGAGGCCUCAAGGAGGCAGCCGCAGGCCUGAGAGCCCAGCGGCGCUCACACACACCGCAGGCAGCCCACCCCACACUGGGCCUGCCACUCCCAAGGCUUUCCCGCCGGGCACCGGGGGCCCCGGGGCCUCGGGGCUGCCCUCGAGGAGGCCAGCCCCAAGGCUCCUCUCCCCAUGGCCCUCCGGGGCCACCGGAGGCCUGCCUGCCCCCACCUGCGCCCCAGGGCUGCACGCACCCAAGGGAGCCAAGGCAACGGGACCCUCCCCCGACGUCCCCUGUGGGAGCCACGUGCCGGACCUCAGUUUGCGAUUGGAGACGGUAGUGAGUUCUCACUCAUUUUGUUCAGAUUUUCCAAGGAAUGCGUUUGUGGGUGUCAUCAUCGAUCCGAGCACGGGCACACCCGCGGGACGGCCACCGCCACAGCCCCCACCGCCGGGACGGCCAGCCAGCUCCCUCCUGGCCGCGGCCCGCAGGCUCCCGAGCCCAACCGCGGGCAAGCAGGUCAGCUCCACCCCCGGGAGCAGAGGGUGCGGGUCCGGGCGCCACACACCGCCCCCCGGGGGCUACCUUGGCGCAGGCCACUGCCGCUUACCAUCGCCUACCAGGUGGCCAUCGAUCCCGCCACCGGCCGCACGCCAACACGCCUCCCACCGGCAGGAGGGACUGGCCUUCCCGGGGUCGCUCCCGACAGGCUCCGGCUUCCGCUCCCCGCGCUGGCCUCCGUCUCUCCGCCGCAGCAGCUGGGUGAGGGCGACAACGGACACGCGCAAGCACGCCUCAGCAAGGGGCCCAGUUGCCCAAGGCACAGGGGCCGAGCCCCCCACCGCCCAGGGCCGGAACCGCACCUCCCUCAGGCUCCCUAAGGCCCUGCCCACCCGCACCCCUCCCAGCUUCAGAAGAGUCCACCCCAACCCCGAGUCCGAUUCCGCCCCCAGGCCCACCCUGGGGCUCUCCCUCUCACCCCGAUGGGAAAACACCCUCGCUCCGGCCACCGACACUGCCUGCCCACGCAGGGAGAGACACACGCGGCCCAGAGUGCUCUGCAGGAGCCUCACCUCAGGACCGCUGACGUGCCCCUGGGGGCAAGGUCUCCGCCCCGAGAGCGGCUCCGCGGGCCCUGGACCCGGGGCGCCCAUGGGCACACCUGCACUCCACCCCUGCUAUCCCCAGCACGCUCUCAGGACCCCGGGCAAAACACAGACCCUUCUGCUGGACCCUCCGGGACCCCAAGGGCCCUGGAGCCUGUGCGAGACCCCGCAGGGCCGCACCUCGCCCUGA